AUGGAGACGGUAGAUGACUUCGAUACCAUUGACGUGGAAUUGGAUGAGUUUUUUAAACACAAACAAAGAAGUCGAUGCAAAGAUGAGUUCCUAAAUACUCUCACAGAUGAAGCGCUUGACGAAUGCACCAUACCUGAGAUAAACCUAAAUGAUUUUGAAGGAAUGUCAGAAGAUGAAGCACCGCAGGACAAGCAGAGUGAUAAUGAAGGUGACGAUGAAGACAAAUUGCAGUUUCAAUACUCAACCCAUGAUCCGAAGGUGAAAUGGAACAAUAUGAAGCCAGUUCUUGGAGAGAGGUAUGAAUCACCACACCAACUGAAGCUUUGUUUGACAAAUUACUCUAUAAGUAGGGGUUAUCCAAUUAGGUUCAAGAAAUGUGAUAGUGUAAGGCUCGUGGCUGUAUGUGCAAGUGACCCUGAGAAAUUUGAAUGUCCCUUUGUUGUAAGGGCCUCAUGGAUGAGCACUGAAAGAUCAUUCCAAAUCAAAAAAAUGGUUGAGCAACAUACCUGUGUUAGGAAUUUCUGUAGUGCUAAUCUUAUGGAUCCCACAUGGAUAGCUAGGCAGUUUCUGAAGGAGAUGAUUAGGAAACCAAAUCUGAAAUGAGCUAUUAAGAAACUGGAUGAGUUUGCUUUUGAUAUCAAGACUUGGUAUGUUCAUCCUAGUGGUUUGAAUGCUUUUGAAGUGAGAAAUGGCUUCCAAUCAUAUGGAGUGAACUUAGAGGGGAUGUACUGUACAUGCAGACUUUGGGAGUUAUCUGGGAUCCCAUGUGUCCAUGCCCAAGCAACCAUAAUUUACACACAACAGGAUCCAGCUAGAUUCAUCAGCACAUGGUUUGGUAAGGACAAGUUCUUAGCUACUUAUGAGUCUAACAUCCUUCCUGUUAAUGGCAGUAAUAUGUGGGAACCAACACCUUACACCAAACCACUACCACCUAUUGAAAGAAGGAUGCCAGGAAGGCCUUGUAUGAAAAGGAAAAGGCAUGUCUCUGAGCAUCAAGACAGUGGAAGAGGUGGUAGAAGAGGUGGAAGAGGUGGAAGAGGUGGUGGAAGAAGUGGUAGAAGAGGGGGUAGAAGUGGUGAAAGAGGGUCUACCAGUGUUUAUGAAGAAGGUGAAAGUUCUGGGAAAAAAGAACCUGGGAUUGAGACUCAAUUUUUCACCCAAACAACACCUAAUGUUGAGAGUCAAUUUGUCACCCAAACAGCACCUACUGUUGACAGUGAACAUGUACCAGAAACACAGGAAGCUGAUGUUAACAUUGAUGAUGAAGGUGAUGGUAUUGAUAUGGCUGAUCUGGAUCAAAUACUGAGUGAUUUGAGUUACCUUAGAGAGUCAAAAUACAGUGAAGCAGAGAUCCUUAUGUGUCUUAAUAUCACCCAAUCACAACUGAAAGGAUUUGAUGCUUUGAUUCACCAAUCCAAACAAGCUGCAAAGGAUGUGCCUUAUGUGAGUGAACAUGUACUAGAAACACAGGAGGACAAUGGUGAAGAUGGAGCUGCAGAAUCACAGGAGGACAAUGAUGAAGAUGGAGCUGCAGAAUCACAGGAGGACAAUGAUGAAGAUGGAGCUGAGGAUGAUGAAGAGGGAGUUGAUGACACUCAAGUUAGGGUUAGAACUCAAGUCAGGGUUAGAACAAGAAAAACUUCUGAAAGGAUCACUGAAAACAUGUUGAAGAAAAUUGUGAAUGACAAGAAAGGAAUAGGAAUGGCUCCAGAAAAACCUCUUACUUUGGAUUAG